AUGACGCUCAAGACGGGCAUGUUGGUGGGCCUUGUGGGCUCGAAGGAUAUGGGUGUGUUGAUCCAGAUCCGAGCGUCCUCCAACACGUGCGUGGUCAAGCUCAACAAUGGAACAUUGAAGAAGAAUGUGCCGCUAGAAGACGUGGAAGAGGCCAAAGAUAUGAGCGACACGAAGGAGAAGAAGUCGCCUAUCAUUCGACUUGGCGAAAGUGGAUCCCCCGUAAAACCCACGAAACUCGCUUCUAUGUCGGUUAAAACAUUUGAGAAGGCGAAGACGCUGGAAGUCGGGGAUCUCGUUAAAGCGAGAUGCAAUGGAGGCAGUCGAUGGUUCCCUGGUAGAAUCGCUAACGUAAAUCGAGACGGCACGUACGACGUCGAGUAUUUCGACGGCGAGAUCGAGAAGAAGAUGGCGCCGGCAGAUGUCGAAUCGACUGUAAAAGCUCGCUAUAAAGGUGGGAAAAGGCUGUUCUUAGGGAAGAUUAAACGUGUUCAUAGUGACGAAACGUACGAUAUUCUGUACGACGAUGGAGACGAAGAGAAGAGGGUGAAGACGGAACAUAUCGAAGCCACGAGUAACGUGGAAAACGAGAGUGAUGAGGAUGAGAAAUCCGGAAAAACGUCGUCGAAAAACCUCGCAGUGGGGACGAAAGUGCAGGCGUAUUAUAAGAAGGGGAGGCGUUUAUUCCCGGGUAAAAUCCGUCGUGUACGCUCAGAUGGAACCUAUGAUAUUGACUAUGACGACGGCGAGAUCGAGACUCAUGUGGACGCUACGCAGAUCCAAGUUAAGGAAGACGAAGAAAAUCUGUUUGCGGAUUCCGACGAAGACAAGAAGAAGCCGACGAUUACAAAGAAGAAAUUUAUCGUUGGGGAUCGAGUGAAAGCUUUUUAUGGUAAAGGGAAGAAGUUGUUCCCUGGAAAGAUCGCCAAAGGUCACAUGAACGGGACGUACGAUAUCAAAUAUGACGACGGGGACUCGGAACUUCGCGUGGAUUCGAGUUUGAUCGAAGCGGUCGAAGACGAGAAGCAAAUAUCCACAAAAUCUUUAGAAAAUCCAAAAUCCAUGAGCUCGACAAAGUCACUGCGUGUAGGUGACACUGUGAAGGCGAAGUAUAAGCGUGGCACACGUUACAUUAAAGGAACAAUCACCCGUGAGCGGAUGGAUGGCACGUUUGAUAUCAAGUACGAAGACGGCGAUGUCGAAGAGCGCGUUGACAUGGAUUUUAUCCAACGCGAUGAGAGCGAAGAUAAACCGAAGAAAAAGACAUUCAAAGUAGGAGACGUUGUGAAAGCUCCUUUCCAGCGAGGAAACAAGCUCUUUCGAGGUAAAAUCUCUCGUGUGCGAAGCGAUGGAACGUACGACGUCGCCUUCGACGACGGCGACAAAGACACUCACGUUCCAGUGGAUUUAAUCCAGUCUGAAGAAUCCGAAAUCCACGAUGAAAAACCGAAAAAAACUACCUUGAAAGUCGGCGAUAACGUCAAGGCCAGAUACAAGAAAGGCACGAAACUAUUUGCUGGUACAAUCACGCGAGUACGCAGCGACGGGACAUACGACAUCGCAUACAGCGACGGAGAUGUCGAGAUGCGCGUUGAUAUCGACAAAAUCCAAGUUCCAGAAAGUAUAAAAAGUGACGACGAUGAUGAAAAAUCUGGUUCAAAGAAGAAUCCAAAAGUGGGAGAUAAAGUGCGUGCUCGAUAUAACAAGGGGAGUCAGAUGAUCCAUGGGGAGGUCACGGCAGUUCACCGUGACGGCUCGUGCGAUGUCCGAUACGAAGAUGGCGACAAGGAGAAGAGAGUUGCGGCCAAGGACAUCGAACUGGACGAAAGAGAGCAAGAACCGUCCAAAAUUACGUUAAAAGUGGGGGAUUGUAUAGAAGCGAGCUACAAGAACGGGGCCAAGAUGUUCCCUGGUAAGAUAUCUCGCGUACAUUCCGAUAACACGUACGACGUCACAUUUAACGACGGAGACUCGGAGCGACGCGUGCCUCGUUCUCGCAUCAAACCGAAAGCGAUUGAGGAUAAUUUAGCCAAAAAGAAAAGCGGAUUCGCAGUCGGAGAUGUUAUCAAGGCGAAGUACAAGAAAGGAACGAAAUAUUUUACCGGUAAGAUAUCGCGUCUCCGCUCGGAUGGAACCUACGACGUUGCGUACGACGACGGAGACUCGGAAACUCACGUGGAUGCUUCUCUUAUCGUUAGUGCGGAGACGGAGACUGCAAUAAAAGCUGCAAGUAAAGCGAAACGCUUUGAGGUUGGCGACGUGGUUAAAGCGCGAUAUAAGAAGGGAGCGAAGCUAUUUUCCGGUAAAAUAUCCCGUGUGAGAUCGGACGGCACGUAUGAUGUAAAAUACGACGAUGGGGACAGUGAAAUGUACGUUGAAAGCUCGUACAUCGAAGCUAAGGACACCACUUUGUCACAUGAUGAAGCAGACGACAAGAAGCCGGAAAGUUUUACUGUUGGGGAUAAGGUGAGUGCGAAAUAUAAAGGCGGUUCCAAAAGCUUCCCCGGUAAAAUCCGUAAGGUCCGAGUGGAUGGCACGUACGACAUUGAGUUUGAUGAUGGUGACGUGGAACAACGAGUGAAAAGCUCAGCUAUAGAGUCGAUUCCUGGCGCUAAACCGAAGAAGGUGGAGGCGAAGGCGAGCUCGGACAAGGAAGAUAUCUUCGGAGACUCGGAUUCGGAUGGUGAGACCAACAAGAGCGUCAUAUUCAAGGCUGGAGACGCUGUGGAAGCAAAUUUCAAACAGAAGGGAAAGUUUCAUCGAGGAGCAAUCGUACGGACGAGGUCGGAUGGCACGUACGACGUGGACUACGACGUCGGAGCCUCGGAGAGACAUGUUCGUAUUGCAGACAUUCGGAAGAUUGGUGGAAGCCAGGAAAGAUGCGAAACGACAAAGAAGAUCAAGGCGACGUCAGCUAAAUACUCUUCGGAUUCGGAUCCAGAACCUUCUAUAUCUAAGUCGAAGCCAAAGAAGAAAAAUCUCUCAUCGUCGGAUUCUUCGGAUCACGAGAAACGCGUUCCGAUUCAGAAAGGAGCCCGAGUUACGUAUCGGAACGCGGAGGAUUCAAAGAUGCGACGAAUUGGGGUCGUUCGGAAGAUGCAUUCGGAUGGAAGCUGUGACGUUAAGUACGACAAUGGUGACACGGCUAAGAGGGUGGCGGGAAAACUUUUAGUACAGUGUUCCGAUUCGGAAGAUUCCGAAGAUGAACCACCCAGUCGAAAACACAUGAAGACCAAAGAAGGUCCGAGUUUCCGGCGUCACGAACGCGUUCUGAGUAGCUGGAGACGUUCGAGUCGACUGUCCAGGCCGCGGAUGACUGAGAAGUGGACAAAGGCGACGGUGCUCGAGAAAAAUUCGGAUGGAACUUACACGAUUCGAUACAGCGAUGGGGUAGUGGAGGAAGAUGCGCCUUCAGAAGCGCUAAAGUCGAGUAAAAAGAAGAAGGAAGAGUCCGAAUCGGACGGAAGUUCAGGAACGAGGAGUGCUCCACGACGGGGAAAGAAACGAAAGCUGAAAGGUGGGAUCGGCACGGAAUCUCUGUUUCUACUGGAGCAGCUUGCAAUGACGCUUUUUGAGGAAGGUGUUCUAAAGAAGAAACCGAAGCUGCAGCUUCUUCGUGGGGAUGACAGUUCCAGUUCGGGUUCCUCCUCCUCCAGUUCCAAAAGUGGUUCCGGAUCGUCCAAGUCAAGCAGCAAGAGGAACAAAGUGGACAAGGUGUUAAAACGCCUUUUUGAUUCCAGUUCCCUGCGAAACUACAAGAAAAGGUUCAAGGAGAACGAUGUGAAAAAAUCUGGUAAAAUCUCUCGCAGUCGGAUAAUCUCGCUCGUGGAAGAGUUCGUAUCCGCCUCCAAAUGUACAAAAUCCAGCGACGACAGCCACUCAGUCCGCCACCUGCUAACCGAGUGGUUCGCAACCCACGACGACCUCCGAACCCAUCGUCACUUUGAGUUUAAAACACUCAUGUUAGCGUUUGCGUACGCGAAAUGUCGACUCGGAAAGCUCCGGAUGGAGCAAAGUGUCGCGACGGUGCUGGAAGGAAGAUUCGCUUCGUAUCACGAGACUAAACGGCAAUUAGAAUUGUGGCAGCAGAAAUUAGGAUUUCGGAUUUUUGAGACGCUCCAGAGGAAUUUCCACGACCACGCGCUGCCGAACAUGAUCCCGUCGCGCAUUCGAGUGUCCGAACUGGGACAAAUCUUCGAGCACGUGGCACGGCAGGCGGUGCCCAAUAAACCGCUGGACGUGUACUUACAACAACAGCAACUGUACCCUCAUCACACGCUGGUACUGGCCGAGUUUUUAUGCUGUUAUUACCAACUUUAUGGAUCCGAAAAUCCAACUACUGCACGUUAUAGUGGCGCAGUUGAGCUGAGGCCGAUUGCGUUUGUUGCGUCGUGUUUGUUCUCGAACGGUGACAUUGUUUGUAAGCGUCACGGAGAUCUAGUACGUCGUCUCUCUGUUGGGAGAACUCAAGCCCAAGCGGAUUUAAUUCUUGGAUUUCGACAAGCCUUCGAGUCGCUAUUAAGUACGGAUAGUGAGAAUCCACAGGAAGAACGGCUGCUAGACACGUCGCAGUUAUCUGCAUUUGCCGCUAAAGUAUCCGCUGACCCGUCUCGGUUGGAACCUGCGCUGACGACACUUCGAAAACGCUCCGGAGCUGUCUCGUUAGUGGAAAUCUACGGAAGCUGUGGAUUUAUUAUUGAUGAACUGACGUCUGCACCGACUAUCCGGAAUGCGGUGGAUAAAAUGAGAAUGCGUGUGGAUUUAUCAGAUGUACGGCGGAUUAUCGGACUGGUCAGGAAUAUUUGUGUGAAAAUUUUGCGCUUCCCGAAUAACGCAGAUUAUUGGAGAAUCCGAGCCGAUAACGCCGCUUUCCAGCAGAAGAUUGGGCGUUUUGAUGGCGCAACGAGUCUAUUAGAGGCGGUAGGCUUCGUCGAACACCUGAAAACACAUUACGAGCUACGAGGUGCGCGGAAUUUUGAAGGAAAACGCGUCAGUGCACUCGAAAAAUCCACGCUGGACUCGAUACGGGAGAAAUGUAUCCAACUGGAUGGCGAGUUGUCACUUUUCGACGGGGUCGAAAGUCUCAGCUCGAUUCUGCAGAGAAUAUCCAAAGCGAGUGAGCACGAAGGCUGUCGCUUUACACUGGAGGAGUGUCAGACGACGUUGCAGAAUCUGUCGUCGUAUAAGCCAACAGCACUUUUCAGCGCCAAAUUGGAUAUUUACCUUACGCUACGGAAUUGA